CAUCGCAGAUCAGCCCCAGAGUACGAUCGAAUGUCCUUCCCGCGUCUGCGUCUGCGAAUAACUUUAUCAGAGGCACUGCGCCAUCAUUUUUUUAUUUGGGGUGCCAAUUCUUUCACAAACUUCGCACUUUCUCAACAUACUACCAUGCUCGACUCGCUUUCGGACAGGAGCAAGCACAUCGCUCUCGGCGCUGCAGUGGGCGUCUUCUUCACUCUCUCGACAACGGCCAUUGUGUUCGCAACCAGAGAAAAAAUCGCCAGGCUGAUCUCACUACCCAAGGCAGACCAAGGCAGUCUGAUCUGCGACGGUGUAGCGGGACUGAUAGGCAACACACCUAUGAUGCGGAUCAAAUCCCUCAGCGAGGCCACCGGUUGCGAAAUCCUGGCCAAGGCGGAGUUUUUGAACCCUGGAGGCAGCACUAAAGAUCGAGUCGCACUUAGCAUGAUUAACACUGCAGAGCGUGAACAUAUCUUGACACCUGGAAAUGGCUCAACCAUUUUUGAGGGCACCGUGGGGUCCACUGGCAUCUCACUCGCCAUGAUGGCCAAAGCACGGGGAUACAAUGCCUGGGUUGUCAUGCCGGACGAUGUCGCACAGGAGAAGUCGCAGUUGCUGGAAAAGUUGGGAGCACAUGUGGAGAAAGUUCGGCCCGUCAGCAUCGUCGACAAAAACCAGUUUGUCAAUCUAGCAAAGAGACGUGCUCAGGAGUUUGGAAAGAAUGAUGACGGAGCCGAGGGAUCGGCAAGCCAGAAGACUGGAUUCUUUGCUGACCAGUUCGAGAAUCUGGCCAAUUUCGAGGCCCAUUUCACAACGACUGGGCCCGAGAUCUACAGACAGACACAAGGCACCGUCGAUGCUAUCGUCAUGGGUGCAGGAACCGGUGGGACCCUUGCCGGGGUGGCGAAAUACUUGAAAGCUCUGCUGCCUGACCUCAGGACAUAUCUUGCUGACCCACAAGGAUCAGGACUGUUUAACAAGGUCAAAUACAACAUCAUGUACUCGCCUACGGAAAAAGAGGGCAAAAGAAAGCGGCAUCAGGUCGACACCGUGGUUGAGGGCGUGGGAAUCAAUCGAUUGACCCGCAAUUUUGCCUUGUCGGAAGGGUUUAUCGACGAUGCCAUUCGGGUGACGGAUCAGGAGGCCAUUGACAUGGCAAGGUAUCUGGUACACAAAGAAGGUUUGUUUAUUGGAUCCUCCUCAGCAGUCAACUGCGUAGCAGCUGUUCGGAUCGCGCGCGAGCUAGGUCCCGGCCAUACCAUUGUCACUCUGCUCUGCGAUUCUGGUCAGCGCCACUUAACAAAAUUUUGGAACGACGAAUAUCUGGUCAAGCAAGGUCUUACUGUCAAUGAUGUCGUUGAGGAUCUGGACUUCAUUGUAUAGGAUGAUAGCUGUACUGAAAAGUGUAGAUAUCUAGUUUUUAGUCGCAUAUGGACUGUGUGCAUAUUGCAUAUUGACGAGUUGCUCCAUGUUUAUUCAACCGCAAAGUCCUCGACUGGGAUCAUUUCGAAUUGGAAAGCCAUGAACACCACAGAAGAGUCCUGCGAUUUGAUGAUAUAUGUCAAUGGCUAUAGUGUAUGGUCAAGAAUGACAGUAUUAGACAAAAGGACACUCUCACAGUUCAAUAUGUAAUCCAAAAUGUAUGCUUCAUUACCUGUCCGUCCCAGUACUUGGUGA